AUGCUAAAAAGAAUUCUGGUGCUUGAUUUUGAUGGGACCAUCACCACGAAAGACACUACUAGUCUGAUUGGCGAGUCGGUGUACAGGCUAAAGAACGUGAAGGUUCCUUGGAAUCACUAUACCAAGGUUUAUGAGGCACAUCAUGUUCCAAAACCUAGAAGCUUGGGUACUAAUCCAUGGAUUACGGUUUGUAACUACGAACGCGAUGCCAAAAGCUGUGAGCUGGCGUCCAUUAACGAGCUAGAAGCGCAAGAUCAUUUCAAAGACGUGGUCAUACAAGAUCUUCUGCAAGUGGUGAAACCGCAGGUUCAAGUGCGGCCUGGGUUGCGUGAGAUGAUGGGCCAAUUUCACGAGACGUACAUUGUGUCGUUGAAUUGGUCAAAGGAUCUGAUUCACGAUCUGACCGGUGUGCGUAAGGGCAAUAUCUUCUGCAAUGAUUUGAUAUCACGUGAUAAUGUUACUUACAACGGACACUUUACAAAGCAAGUGGUUACUGGACUAGACAAGUACAAUCUCUUGAAGGAUAAGAUUCUUGAUCCAAAGAGUGAGGUGACGUAUAUCGGUGACAGUUUUGGUGAUCUUCCCUGUAUACUAGCAGAGGGAGUUAAAGGGUAUAUUAUUGGUGAUUCUUUGAAGCAUUUACAACUAGAUGUUCCCACUAUUCAAGGGUUCGAUGAGGUACAAUGUUGA